AGGCGUGAUUGCCAUUCGCCUGCUGAGCCGUUACUAUUUGUUUGUAUUUUCAUCCAUUGCGAAACUAAUAAUUAACUAAAUUAAGUGAAACAGUGAGUUACUAGCGAAACUUCACUUCGUUACUAUAAGAAAAUAAGUUACCCGCAUAGCCGAAAAUAAUGUCGGCAUCUGAACCUAUUGACUUAUUUACAGGGAACGGCACGUAUAAGUCUAUAAACCCCAUCAUAUCAAAAGUCGGUGAUUUUACACCUUUUUACAUAGCGAUAGCUAUAAGUUCCGUUAUUUUGGGUUUUCUCCUGAUUUUAAACAUUGUUUGCUGUUGCUCCCGAUACUCUGACUAUUGGCUCGAUAGACACACAGGAAAUCGCUGGAUUGUUUCCAUCUGGUCUACAACCCCUCAUAAACAGCCUCCUCUUGACUUGACUGAGUUAAACAUUGAAAAAUUGCCUAUUCAAUUUGUGGCACCAUACCACAGUGACGAAUAUCAUGAAGUUUUAAGACACGAGUCUGAUUUACCCCCAUCAAUAUCCCGUCAGCCUCUCACUUCAUCACAAGAGUACUUGGAGUUGCAGAAAAGAGAAAGUGACAUUUAGAAAUGGCAUUCAUGUUGAUAUAUCCUGCUGUAGCAGUGCUUUCAAUGUUUGUUUUGAUGGUUAUUAUAUUAAUUUUAAGAUUUGGAGCUCAGUGGUGCAAAUUAAGGCACACCACAUAUGCUGACCAAGAUGAAUGGAAUGAAGAUGAAGCUUAUGAACAAAAAGUAUCAUAUGCAUAAUCAAAUUAAGUAACUAAAGAUAGAGCAAGUUACAAGAGUACCUGUAACAUUUUCAAAUAUACUGCACUUUGUUUUGGACUUUAUGUAGUCAACAAAAAUGAAAAAAAGAAAUAGAUGCUUAUUCGAUACCAACUGAAAAUAGCACUAUUUUAAACAAAGUUAGUACACUGUGCCUUACAAAUGAGAGUAAUUCAUAAUAGUAACGAAUCCGUCCAUGUGGAUCUUAGACCAAUUAGUUUUAAGAUAGUAAUAAGUUUAUAAAUGCACUUUUUUGUAUUCCCGUGGAAUUAUGCAAAUAAAACAGUUCAUGUCAAUUAUCUUUUAAACUUUUCUAAUAUUGGUGUUUUUUAAAUUACAUGAGAAUUAUGUAAAUCGGUAUUAGUACCUUAGUCGCACAAAAUAUAAAGCAUGUCUUGAAACAGUA